AUGGCGUGGUUCUUCCUGGCCGCGUUGCUGGCCGCGCUGCUGCUGCUGCUGCUCCUGUCCCGCCGGCGGAUGCGGAGACCUGGUGAACCCCCUCUGGAUGUAGGCAUUAUUCCCUGGCUGGGCCAUGCCUCAGAGUUUGGAAAAGAUGCUGCUGGAUUCCUCUCUAGGAUGGAGCGGAAGCACGGGGACAUCUUUACUGUGCUGGUGGCAGGGAGGUUUGUCACAGUCCUCUUGGACCCUCACUCGUAUGACACAGUUGUCUGGGAGUCCAGCUCCAAGCUGGACUUCCACAAAUAUGCCAUCUUCCUCAUGGAGAAGAUUUUUGAUGUCCAGCUGGCCAACUAUAAUCCCAGCAUGGAGAAAACCAAGAUCAAACCGACUCUGCUCCACCAGAACCUCCAUGCCCUCACUGAGGCCAUGUUUAACAACCUUUGCAACAUCCUUCUGAAGGAUGCUGGGGACAUAGGCACAGACUGGAAGGAAACGGGGCUGUUCCAGUUCUCCUAUGACGUGAUGCUAAGAGCCGGCUACCUGACGCUGUAUGGCACAGAGGGUGAUGAUCCAGCUAGUCAGGCACAAGAUCGGACCCACUCUGCGGAGGUUUUCCAGAGUUUCCGUCAGCUGGACCAGCUUCUGAUGAAACUUGCCCGUAGUUCUCUGUCAGCAGAGGAGAAGAAAGAAGCGACCCGCAUCAAAGGCCAUCUGUGGAAGCUUCUCGCCCCCCAGAGCCUGCUGGGGAGGGCCCACAGAAGUGCCUGGCUGGACAGCUACCACCAGUACCUGCAGGAACUGGGAGCUGGGGAGGAGAUGCAGGCCAGGGCCAUGUUGCUCCAGCUCUGGGCCACUCAGGGCAAUGCUGGUCCUGCUGCCUUCUGGCUCCUGUUGUUUCUCCUGAAGACUCCCACUGCUCUUGCUGCUGUCCUUGGGGAGUUAGAAAGCACCCUCCAGAAGGAAGGGCAGGUGCCGACCCAGAUGGCCAGUAUUCCUCAGGGAGUCCUGGAUAACAUGCCAAUUUUUGACAGUGUAUUGAAUGAGAGCCUGAGAUUGACAGCUGCCCCUUUCAUCACCCGGGAAGUCCUGGAGGACCUGGUGCUGCCCCUGGCAGACGGACGAGAGUACAGCCUCCGGCAAGGCGACCGCCUCCUUCUUUUCCCCUUCCUCAGCCCUCAGAAGGACCCAGAAAUCUAUGAAGACCCAGAGGCGUUCAAGUACAACCGAUUCCUGAACCAGGAUGGGAGUGAGAAGCGAGAUUUCUACAAGGGUGGGAAGAGGCUCAAGAAUUACAACCUGCCAUGGGGAGCUGGGACUAACAUGUGUCUGGGGAGGAGCCAUGCGAUCAACAGCAUCAAACAGUUUGUUAUCAUUUUGUUGAUGCAGUUUGAUCUGAAAUUGAAAAACCCAGAGGAAAAGAUCCCCAGCUUCGACACCAGUAGGUAUGGGUUCGGACUGAUGCAGCCAGAGCAUGAUAUCACCAUUUGCUAUAGAUUCAAGCCCAGAGGGACCCCGGGCUCAAUGGGGCUCUCCUUCCCAGCACCUGAAGGAAUUACAGAAGCCUGA